AUAAUUCGGGUUAUAGUUUUUCACCACUUUUCGAUCUUGAUUCCUCUUCCUCCUCUUCUUCAUCUCCUUUCAUUGAUCCCAAUUGGGGAUCUCCAUUUGUCCCGUUACCUCCCAAUUAUGGAGACUCAUCAUCAUCUUAUGGAAUUUUUCAAAAUUUUUACAAUUAUACAAAGAAUAGUAGUGAUCAUCAAGUGCAAAAGCUUCAACCCGAUUAUUUGGACAUUCCUAAGGUAUAUUCUUAUAGUUAAUUACAACAGGAUUGGGAUUUUUAUAAAUUCUAUGAUGAAUUUCUUAUUUCGAUUCGAUGUGUCUUUGUGCAUGGGUCACUUUACGCAGGAUAGUUCAUGUUCAGGCUUUGAUUCUUACAAAACUAAAGAGAUAGAGAACAUCUGUUUGAGCAAUUUUGACGACUACAAGGCACUAUUCGACCUAAAAGAAUGUUUCACCGCGGAUGAGUUGAUCCUAACUGAUCAGUUAAUCGAUAGAAUAAUAACGAAACACAAUGCAGACACCAAGGCAGAGGUAUUAAUAGACAUCAACUUAAAUCUAAUCCCAUAUUGAUGCUUUGAUCAAUUAAUUUUACGACUGACUAUUUUGGGUAUAGAAGGUUAUACCAUCUCUGUCAUCGGUUAUGUCAUCAGUAACACACAAGGAUUACAACACUGAAGCUUUGGCUAAUGCAAGUUGUGAAGAUUACAAGAAGAAUCAAAUGAUUUGCGCAAAGGCAAAGGACGAGAUCAACAAUAAUGUGGAAAUCUUCCCAAACGCUUUGACUCAACUUGAUCGUGGCCCAUCGCAGUUGAUUCUGACAGAUGUCCAUGAUAUGUCACUAUGGGACGAUCAAACACCUGCAUCUCGUGCAUAUGAUCCGCAAGCACGAUUAGAAGCAUUGAAGAGAUACUUCGCAAAGAAGGAGAAACACAAGUAUGAAUUAUUAUGAUUUUUGAUGAAUUAAAUAUAUUGAAUUUUCAGUAUAGAUAACUCCAAGGAAGAUGCUAGGUAUAUUCAAAAUCUCAAGAUUAUAACGCGUUCAUGCAGGUUUGGGAAGCAAAUUAGAUAUGAAUCUCGAAAAUCUACGGCUGAUACGAAGAGACGAUUGAAAGGGAGAUUUACAAAAGUUGGUGCAGAUUAUGAUUAUGAUCCACGAGUAAAUAAUAAUACUAAAGAGACUAAUAAAUUCAUGAUCUAAUAAAAAGAUGGUUGCGAUCAUAUGAUCAUCAUCGUUAUGGACGUAAACGCUCGCUCGACCAAACGCAAGAAGCAUAAGAUAGUAUAAGGGAUUUGAUUGCUCAUGACUUUUAAAUAGAAGUUCGUAUACCAAUUUGUGAUGACCGAAAGACUAGAAUCUAUAUUAUUAAAAGAGAACGAGUCUUAAAAAAUCUACUUAUGAAAAGUUGUUGGAUCUUUUCAUUAACUAAUUAUGUUUGGUCUUACCUUAUAUAUCUCUAACAAUAAAUGAUAAGAGAUAGUUUUGUGGUAAAAAAAAAAAAGAAAAAAUUAUCAGAGAUAGAUCUUAUUUUUUUUGUUUUAUCUUAUAUUUCUCUAACAAUACUUUUUUUUUGGUCUUACCAUAUCUCUAUCAAUUUUAGUAGAUCUUACAUCUACAAUUAACCCACAUAUAUGGUCUUAUAUAAGUUAAAAAGUUUUUAACACGAAAAUAAAAAAGUUAUAGGUCUUUGUUAUAGCAGUCUUAUUAUUGUUUAUAUUUUAUUGUUUCCGUAACUAUAUUGUCUUCAAACCUUAAGUGUAGCGAGGAUUCGCCAGUCGCGGUAGGAAGCAACAUAAUCAUGAUUCCAAAAAAUGAAGAUUGGGUAUGUAUAUAAUUUUUAGUCGAUUCUGAUAUGGAACAAAGUAACUAUUAGCAGCCAGAAGCAUUAUCUGUAUUUUCCACUGCGGGUGAAACAAGUUUAAUUUCAACAAGACGCAGAGGUUGACUUUUCUUAGGUCUAAAUUUUAUUUUAUUUCGGUCUAACUUAGUUCAAUUAUGUAAAGCCCAAUUUGAUUUGAUACCACUAUCGAUAUUUGAAUUAAAUAUUUUAUGAUUUUGCAAUUUAGAAAAUUACAAUCAAAAAUAUAAACUAAUGUUCCGUACAAUAAUCAAAUACUGAUCAUUCAUGGUUUAUAUCUUAAUAAAAAUUGAAAAGUACCCUUACUUUUAUAAAAGAUUAACAAAACUUAUUAAUGGCAUUUAAAUUUUUUAGUUUUAAACCUACAUAUACACUUAAAUAAAUCAAUAAAUAUUGGACCUGCAUAUAUGUAUAAGAUAUGCUAAACUUAAAUUUAAUAAAAAUAUUUUUAUUUUAAAUAUUUGACCUAUGUAUAUUAUGAAUCCUAUAUAAAUUAACAAACAUUAUGACAUCAAAUAUAAUUUUUUAAAUCUAUGUAUCAAUAUUCAAAAUAAAUCAUUCUUAUAUUAUGCAUAUUUACAUACAAGCCAAAAUUAUAUAUCUUACACCAUAUAUCAUAUACAUAUUUGUAUAUCAUUUUUGUGUGUAAAAUUAUUUAACGAUAAAAAAUAAGUAUAGGUACAAAAAUUAAAAAUGAUUUACUACGUCAUUUUAUACAUAAUAUUGAUAUCGCAAUUAUGAGUUUAACAGUACUUUUAAAAUAUCUAAAAUUAAAUUUUAAAUGUAAAAUACAAACUUAUAAUAGGUUAUUAAUAAUGAAAAUAAACAAAUAUUGUUAUAUCGAUAAGUUUCUUAUAUUCAUUUUUAUUUAGAUGACAUAAUAAAAAUUCCAUCAAAGUUUAAGGAAUCACAAUUUAUGUAUAUCAAAAACAAUAUCAGUAAUUUAAUUUUAAAAAUUAAAAAUAUAAUUAUAUAUUUUGUAUUUUUAUCGGAUCAAUGGUAUCAAAUUGCGGGUUAAUAGCGAGUUUUUGGGGUUUACCCGGAUUCUAUCGGAUUUUUAAUUAACAAAUUUUUAUUAAAUCCAAAAUGGAUUAUAUACAAAGUAGCAGGCCUCCCGGUUCCAGUGGCGAACCUACAUUGUCUAGGGAGGAGGCAGCUGUCCCCACAAUAAUCGAUCUAGAAAUAAAUAUUUUUGCUUAAGAAACAUUAAGCUUUUUGUAGUAUAGGUGGUUUCAAUCAUGAGUUUGCCCCCUAGAUAUGGUUCAAAGCCCCUCUUGCACCUUUACUUACCUUUUUAUUUAUUUUUGCCCCCACUAAUUUUUUUUUCUAGAUUCGCCACUGCCCGGUUCAAUCACGGAUCUGAGUCGGAUACACAAACACUUCUUAAAACUCAAACAUUAUUAUUGAACAACUUUUAGAUUAUAUGUUUUUUAAUAAAAAGUUAUAAAUUUAUGCAAAUUUUAUCAAAAUGUUUCAACAAAAAAAUAUCCGCGUUUUCAAAGAUAUGAGUAGUUUCUAAAUCAAAUAGGGAUAAAAAUAGCGUAGAUUGAUUGUUAAAACUAUGAUACACAUAUGACACAAAAAUCAUUUUCAGUUUAAAGUCAACAAUUCAUAUCAUUACUGCAUUUCUAUAAUGAGAACACAUCGUUCUUCAAUAUAGAAUAUCUAUUCUACUAAAUCAUAUAUAUUAUUUUUAAAUCUAUUUAAAAAAAUACAAUAUUUUGAAGAAAACAAAUGAUAAAAAAAAAAACUCGAUUGUUAUGAUUUGAAACAAAAAUAAUGUUUGUUUAUAAAUCAAUUUUAGAUCAAUAAAUGAAAAAUAAACAUGCGCUUUUUGAGCGCGGGUCAAAAUCUAGUUUUUUUUUUUAAAUAUAGUUGAUAUCUAAACAAGCUAUGUUUCAGAUGGCGUUUCGAGGAAUUUUAGUUUUUCCUUCCAAUUUCUUAUUUGUAUUUUUUCAAAAAAAAUAUAAUAUUAUAUAGGCUAUGACAUAUAGUCAUAUAGUUUUACAAAAUGUAAGAAAUGAUUUCAAAAUCAAGUAGAGCACAACACACAAACUUUCGUCCGAAAAGAUGAAAGGACAAAAGAUGAAAAAGUUUAGUUAUAUUAUUCAUGGUUAACACAAUUGGCUUAGCCAAGUGAUGUAUUGUGAUUUUGCAUUGUUUUAGCUUUUGUGUACUUACACAUGUAUUCAUCCAUUUAGCUUACAUUUAGGUGUGCUUAGUAUCUUUGCAUUUGCAUUGUGCAACCUUUGGAGGAGGUACUUAUGCAAAAUGGAUCAUUCCCAUGCAGCUGCAUCCUCUGCAUUUACAAUCCCAAAAGCUAUAGGAUAUAUACCCCUAUUUCUAUCCUGACAUGCAUCCACUAACAUAACACCUCUGAAAUUACCACUUAGAUGUGCUCCAUCUAUAACAAUAACCCUCCUCAUGAAUGGAAACCCUUUGAUACAUGCGCCAAAAUCAAUGAACAAAUACUUAAACAUUUUCUCAGCAUCAAGUUCAAGCUCUGUUAUUGUAUCUGGAUUGGCCUGCUUUAUUUUGUGUAGAUUCGAAGGCAAGUCCUGAUAGCCACUAGCAUGAGUGCCUCUAACCAUCUCUCGUGCAUAUGCUAAUGCACUAUGAGCCUUUGUAUAACCAAUGUCAAGUUGAUAAACAUCCCUUAUACACUCCAUUAUAUGUUUGGGCUGGAUUCCUUUAAGAUCACUGCCACCACUAAAUCCCUCAACAUACACCUUGCAAAUACAUUUUGCAUUUGCAUGUCGGUGGCGAGAAUACCUAAUGACUGCAGAGCAUGUAUGAAGAUCAGUAUAUUUACGAAUGAGGAAUUCUGGAGAUGAUUUCGACUUAGUUGUAGCACGUAUCCCCCAGGAACAUCCAGCAACGCAGCACUUUGCAUAAAAUACAUGCUUCCAAGACUUUUUGAUGAUGAAAUCAAACCUUUCGAUGACUGAAAGCUUGCAUAAUUUCAUUAUUUGUUCCUUCUUGCCACUGAAUAUGUCACCAGACUUAAUGGUUUCACUCUUCCGCAGCUGUGAUGGCCUCAUAGUAUCAAGUGGUGGCUUCAUAGUAUCAUGUGAUGACUUCAUAGCCUCGUACUAAACAUUUCCAAAACUACCAAAAUCUGCGGCAACAUUCUCUCUGACAACACGCUCUUGAUUUAUGUUCAAAUCAUGACGACCUUUGUUUGCAGUCAAUGAGACAUAUAUACACAUUAUGUCUGUCUUGAAAAAUGUGAUAAAGCUUGCAAGUUGUAUGUCGUUACUCAAGAAAAUCGGAGGAGUGUUGCUAGGCAUUUGCUCCAAUAUACGAUUAGGCAACAUAUAAGCAAACUCGACCGCUUCCAUCUCACUAAUCUUGUCAUCUUCACAAACCAUGCAGAGAAAAUCUUCAUAUUUCGUACCGUCUUCAACAAACAAAGCAUAUCUCCUUCUUACUUGGAUCAAGAACGAAUUCCCAACCAACAUUAUUCAUCUUCCAUUGUCCAAAAAUAGUAAUUAAGUGCAACAUUAUCUGCAUAAUAAAACUUGCGUCAAUAGAUCUGAAGACACAUUCCUUAACUUUUUUUUAAGAAAGACAACAAGGUAUAGUGAAUUGUAGCGGCAAGAGAACAGCAUUGUUAAGGCAAACAUAAAAAAAGUCUUCACCUUUGUUCAAUCAAAUCGCAUAUAAUCUGGUGUCUCAAAUCUGGUUUCAUACCUUGUUUCUCAGAUCUGUUCGACUUCCACCAAUAAAUUAACUUAAAGCUGACAUCAGAGAAAGUAGUGCUGAGGCUUGAAGGUAUGAACAACUAUGUAUCUGAUAUGGGAGAGAGGCGUUGAAGAGAUGAAGGUCGUUGAAGAGAUAAAGGUAUAAUGUUAUCUUUUAUUUAUUUUUUUAAUUUUUGUUAAACCAAUAAUGACAUUCUUGUUGGAAAAAGGUUAAAUGGUAAUUUCAAAAGAAGGUGGACCAUUUUAACAAUUUUCCUUUGGAAGGGUACCAUUCUCCCUUCUGUUUUUGAAAAUAGGGAAUUUCAACAAAUGACCCUUAUUUUUUUUUAUAGUGAAAAGACACAACUCUUAAAACUAAUAGAGUUCAAUUUUUUUACGGAAAGACACAACUUUUAUAUAAUGAAAACACAUUUUUUAAAGAUAAUACAUUUCAGUUUUUUUUUUUUAAAUGAAAUGACACAACUUUAAAAAUUAAUUGGAAUUUCUAUUAUUUAUUUAUAUUUUAUAAUGAGAAGACAUAAUCUUAAAACUAAUAAUUGUGGAAAGAAAGUUUCUUCAGCUCAGGGAUCAUUCAUGUACCACGAACGCAAAAUACAAAGACGGACAGACUAGCACGCAGUGCCAAGAAUCAACAUUCCUACGUCGUUCAUAUGAAUGCAGAGCAUCCCGUUUGGUUUACAGAGUCAGUUUAAAUAUGUUUAAAUUGAUGACAAAAAAAAGAUAAAAAUAAUAAUAAUUACAUUCCAAACCAGUUUUUUUUUAUCAUGACCAAACCACGCCCAUUAGACUAGAAUUAACAAAUCUGGAAAAUUGAUUGAUGAAAAUUCAAUUGAUAUGAGAGGACACCAUUUGGAAGGAAUAAAAUAUGACUAAUUUACUUUUUUAUAUGGAAAGAUAUAACUCUUAAAACUAAUAAAGUUUCAUUUCUUAUGAAAAUACACAAUCUUUUAAACACAACUAUUAAAAGUUAAAACUAAUAUAUUACAGUUUUUUAUUGAAAAUACAUAACUUUAAAGUUAUUGGGAUUCUUAUUAUUAAUUUGUCUUUAUAAUAAAAACACAACUCUUAAAACUACUUAUUGUAGAAUGGAUAACACAACUCUUAAAAAUAAUACAUUUCAGUCUUGUAAUAAAAGACACAAAUUUUUAAUAUUUUUUAGGAUUUUUAUUAUUAUUAUUAUUUUUAUAAGGAGAAGACACAAUUCUUAACUAAUGAGAAUAAAAAAACCUUUUGAGAUAUUUUAACUACUUUUUAAACUAGUUUAUUUUUUAUAGUGAAAAAAAUACAAUUGUUAAAAAUUAAUAGAGUUUAAUUUCUUAUAAAAUGACACAAACUUUUUAUAAAGAAAAGACACAAUUCUUAAAAUUAAUAUAUUUUAGUUAUUUAUGAAAAGACAUAACUUCUAACAUAAAAUAUCUGACCAAAGGAUAAUCAUUAUUUAAUUUGAUAUUAUCUUUUAACACAUUUUUAUUUGACUACUAAAGUAGAUAGGAAUGGAUGAAAUUACUCAUUGAGCCAUCUUCCACGUAAGUUAAGAUCCAAGUCAAAACUUUAGGCCUUAUAUAUUAAUCAAUUUUCCUCAGAAGAUGGAGUACCAUACUUGCUCCCUUGACAAAAUACCAUCAACUUCAACAAAUAUUCCGAUCUCUCGUCUUCUUGAUUCACUCUUUUCUUGUGUUUUUUCAGAGUGGAGACUGAAGAUAAAACUUGAAUAUAACAAAAAAUGGGAGAGGGGGAAGAAGAGGGGAAGAUUAGAUGCUCUAGUACCGUUAUAAUAUUUUGUUGUAUAUUUUUGAUCGUGGGAUUAGAUGUCUUUGCUGGUUUCGUGGCAAUGCAAGCCGAAGACGCCCAACAAGAGGUGAAACAGAGGGUGUGGUUACCCGAGUGUAAAUCUCCAAGCAAAAAAGCUUUCGUGUUAGGGCUAAUAGCAUUAGGAUGUUUGCUAGCAGCUCAUAUCAUCGCCGUUAUGAUAGGAUGCAGUCUCUCCAAUACAGCCACAGUAAUCAGCGGACCUGAGAUCACAGAACACAUCAACAUGGCCUGUAUUUCUCUCACUUGGAUCAUAGCAACUGCGGGAGUGGGGAUACUAACGAUGGGCAUAUGGACUAACAGAGAGUCAAGAUCAGAAUGUGGAUUCACAAGCAAACAUUUUCUGUUUUUAGGAGGCAUAGUGUGUUUCCUUCAUGCCAGUAUCUCUGUUGUUUUUUAUUUAACAAAUAUCGUCUCUAAGAAAUGUUGUUUGAGAAAUGUUUACUAGAUAUUUUUCUGCGCCAUGCGCAAACAUAAUAAUUUAAAAAAUUUUUACUUAAUUUAUUUUAUUUAAUUUUUUUAAAAAAAUAUAAAGAAAUCAUUUGUAAUUGAGAUUCUAUUUAUUUUUUGAAACUUUUAAUUUCCACUGCAUUAAGUUUAAAUAAAUAAUUUUUUUUUGAAUAAUAAUUUUUAUACAUCAUUUUAUUGUUGUAUAAUAUGAACGAUAGAUAUGUCAUAUUUCUAAUAAUUUAUGUCAUCAUUUUCUUUUUAUAGUGACUAUAGACUUAAUAAAUCAGUUGAUAAAUAAUAUAUAUGAUUUUUUAAAAGAUGAACGACAUAACUAUUUAAAAUCAAUAGUAUGUAUUUUAAGAAUAAUUGUUUUCGUAAAAUUCGAUAAUACUUUGGAGAUGUAAAACAUAUGUAGUUUGCAUAAAAGUUUUAUUUGUAGACAUCGAUUAUAAUACAAUGUAUAUAAUAUAUUCAAUAAAAUCAUAAACAUGAGAAGUAUACAAAAUAAUUUAUUCGUAAAACUUAAAUAUAAUAAAGAAAUUAAAUACCUUCGUACAAUUUACAAUUCUUAUUAAAAAAUUGAAAAUAAAUAAAAUUCCAAUAAACAGAUGAAUUUUUGUUUUAUUUUGUUAUUAUUAUGUUAAGUUUGAAAGUUUAUAAUAAAUCAAAUCUAAUAUUCAAUUUUGUUUUACUUAUGUUUAUAAAUAUAGUAAUGGUUUCCAGGUGCUAAGUGACAUAAGAGAAGAGGGCGAGAUAGAGGAGGAAGAAGAGGAGGAUGCGGAGGAGGAUGAGAAUGUACGGCAGGAAACUAAUGGCAAGGAGGAGAUCGUAAACCAGGAGGCAGAUACAAAAACCAGAGAUGCACAUGCACUCCACAGUCAAGCCAAUAGCCAAAGGGGAAAAGGAAAGAAUAACAAAAAACCGAUGAUCAGUAACAAGAGUUUUAUCCAGGCAGUGAAAUCCACCAGUAACAAGAAAGUUUCCUCUAGGAGGAAAUAAUGUCGUCGAUCUUUGCAUGGAACAUGCGUGGGUUCAACAAGCCGCGCAAACAAAGAGCAGUGAGGCAGUGGUUACAAGCUGCGAAGCUGUCAUUUGGGUGUCUACUUGAAACAAAAGUUCAGAGGGAGAAUUUUCAAGGUAUUUUCGAUGCUACUUUCCCGGGUUGGAAUUGUCUUCACAACUACGACUAUCACCCCUUGGGAAGGAUAUGGGUGUGUUGGACGAAUGAUGUAGAGAUAGUUCCAGCCAUGUCAAGUGCGCAAAUGAUUACCUGUUGGGUCAGAAUUAGAAGCACGGGUGUGGUACUGCUAGCGUCUUUUGUCUACGCUUCAAAUCAUGCGACUGAGCGGAAAAUACUAUGGAGGGAGAUGGAGAUGGUAGCGUCGUCAAUGGUGGGAACAAGUUACCCUUGGAUAGUCCAGGGUGAUUUCAACGUGAUUCUCACCACAAAUGAGCAUUCUCGUGGAGCAAACAUGGGUGGAGAGACGUAUGCAAUGAGAGAGUUUCAGGAUGUAGUCAGAAGAUGUGGUCUGGAUGAUCUCGCACAGGUGGGAUCUCUUUUCACUUGGACAAACCGUCAACCAGACACUCCAAUAAGCAAAAAACUGGACCGAGUGUUAGUGAAUGGGCAGUGGCUCUCCUCCUUUCCGGUUUCGUUUGCCACUUUUGAAGCUGGAGGUGUCUCAGAUCACCUGCGAUUCUGGACUCAACUCCAACCCCCAGAGCCAACGAAUCGAAAACCGUUCAAGUUCUUUACCCACGUAACAACACACCCUCGUUUCUUAGAGGUUGUUGCGAAUAUCUGGAACUCCCAGGAGCCACUGUACCACUCAAGAACCGCGCUCAAGAGAUUCCACAGCAAAUUGAAGAGUCUGAAAAGUGCCCUUCGUCAGAUGAAUAGAGAUCAAUUUGGAGAUCUCCCUACAAGAGUUAAAAGCGCUUAUGAUGAGUUAUGUCGGAAACAAGCUGAAGCUACAGACUCACCAUCGCAAGAGGCUUUUGAGGACGUAUCAACAGCUUGGGAGCAUUGGCACCAUAUAUCUGGAAUCGAAGAACAAUUUUAUUUCCAGAAAUCAAGGAUACAAUGGAUGGGGCUAGGUGACAGAAACAAUUGCUUCUACCACAAUGUCUGUAAAGCGAGGAAUUCAAAAAAUGCCAUAAGAAGAAUUAUAGCUACGGAUGGUAGGAUCCUCACUGAUUUAAAUGAUAUCAAGGCGGAAGCAGUUUCACAUUUUGACACCUUUAUGAAUGAUCAGCCGAGCAAUCUGGUAGAUGUAACCAGUGAGUAUUUAGAGGGUUUGAUUGACUACAGAUGCCCUCAAGGAGUUGCAGCGGAGUUAAUAAGGCCAGUGCAAGGCGAAGAGAUUAAGAAGAUUCUGUUCUCCAUGCCGACAAAUAAGGCCCCGGGUCCGGAUGGGUAUCCAGUUGAGUUCUAUAAAGCAGCAUGGCCAGUGGUGGGAAAGGACGUCAUAGUGGCUGUUCAGUCCUUCUUCUUAUUUGGAUUAUUGCCUCGUAGCACCAAUGCGACCUUGCUAUCACUGAUCCCUAAGAUGACAGAGGCGGAGCGUAUGACAGACUACAGGCCUAUUGCGUGCUGCAACGUAGUAUAUAAAGUCAUCUCCAAAAUCAUAGCGCGGAGGCUCAAGGCUACUCUGCCUCCUGCAAUCGAGCUCAACCAAUGCGCGUUUAUAAAGGGCCGUCUACUCCUCGAAAACGUCCUUCUCGCAACUGAGCUAGUUAAGGACUAUCACAAGCCAGGCAUCUCAUCGCGCUCAGCAGUAAAGCUCGACAUCUCUAAGGCGUUUGACACUGUCCAGUGGUCCUUCAUUGAAACUGUACUUCGGGUUAUGGGGUAUCCAGCUUUAUUUGUUACUUGGAUCAUGCGGUGUGUGGAUACAGCAGCUUUCUCGGUCUCAGUUAAUGGUGAUCUUGAAGGUUUCUUCUCCAGCUCAAGGGGUAUCAGACAAGGUUGCUCACUCUCUCCUUACCUGUUUGUUAUUGUUAGUAACGUCCUCUCGAAGCUACUGAACUCCGCGGUGCUAAAUAGGCGUAUUGGCUAUCAUCCGCUCUGUGAAUCCCUCAAGCUGACACACCUAAGUUUUGCGGAUGACAUAAUGGUCUUCACUAAUGGUACACCAACUUCCCUUGAAGGAGUUCUGGAGGUAUUUGAGGAAUACGCUAAUGUCUCGGGCCUCCGCAUAAACGUCGCUAAGUCAACAGUCUUUGCUGCUGGGAUUGACAAGCAACGACUUCAAGACAGGGCGAUCUCAGCGGGUUUCACUAUAUCUGAGCUUCCUAUCAAGUACUUGGGGCUUCCUCUGACAACAAAAACCAUGACGAGGAACGAUUAUGAACCACUGCUCUCAAAAAUUAAAGGCCGGUUUCAGAGUUGGACUAGUAAAACUCUCUCAUUUGCAGGGCGGCUUAUGCUAAUAAAGUCGGUUAUUGCAAGCACAACCAACUUUUGGUGCUCUGCUUUCUGCUUGCCAAAAGCGUGUAUGGAGGACAUAGACAGCUUAUGCUCAGCUUUUCUGUGGAGUGGCUCUCCAAACGAUUCCUCUAAAGCAAAGGUCUCAUGGACAGAGGUAUGCAAGCCGUUCAAGGAAGGAGGUCUGGGUAUUAGAAGCAUAGCUGACGUGUCAAAGGUUUUCUCUCUUAAGCUUAUAUGGCGGUUGCUAAGUGAAUCGCACUCGUUGUGGGUUGAUUGGAUGAAAAAGUACAUCUUAAGGAAUGAAUCUUUUUGGGACGUAAGAGAUACUGGAUUAGGAUCAUGGGUAUGGAGAAAGCUCCUCAAGUUGCGGCAUCUGGCAAAGGAGUUUGUGCACAUAGAAGUUCACAAUGGUCAGACAGCUCGCUUCUGGACAGACUUGUGGCAUCCACGAGGCAGACUGAUUGAGAUUGCAGGGGAAACCGGUACUCAAAAACUGGGCAUUGAUCGAGCAGCACUGAUCAGUGAUGUAAGGACUGCUGAAGGAGUUUGGAGAUUUCGGAGAUGCCGGGACAGACAGAUGCGCGAAAUUAUCAAUAUGAUUGAGAACCAUCAGAUGGAAGUUAAUCACCAAGCUCCUGACGUGGUCAUGUGGAGGAAAAAUGAAACCGAGUAUUGCAGACAAUUUUUCACAGCAGAGACAUGGCAGAGAAUUCGGACUCAUGAUGGUCUCAAGGAGUGGAGUAAAGUUGUGUGGUUCCAACUGGGAGUGCCGAGGUUUGCGUUUAUUACUUGGCUGGCGAUAAGGAAUAGGCUCUCCACCGGCGAGCGCACAGGAGCUUGGGGCCAACCACAAGGAUGUCUCUUCUGUGGAGAGCCAAAUGAGACAAGAGAUCACCUAUUUUUUGCGUGCCCCUACACAUACACUCUAUGGCUUGAAGUUGUUGGCACUCUGCUAGGGAGACCGCCUGAUCCUGACUGGGAGAGCACUCUUGAACUUCUUACUACCCAUAGCUAUGGGCGACUUGAGUAUCUGUUGGUAAGGCUGGUUUUUCAAGCUGCAAUAUAUAUAAUUUGGAGGGAGAGAAACGAUCGGAAGCAUAUGAAGAAGCCAAAGUUGCCAAGUCAAUUGGCUAGGAUUGUGGACAAAACAGUUAGAAACAGAAUCACUUCUACUGGUUAUGUGACGAAGCCUCGGCUGAGAGGGCUCAUGCAAGUCUGGUUCUUAGCUCAUACGUAGUUUAUACUUAGCCAUAGCCAUAGUCUAUAUGCAUCCAGAAUAAAGUUGUACAUAAACAUUCCUUUAGCUGAUGAUUAAUAAAUUUAAUAAUUCAUCAAAAAAAAAAAUAAAUAUAGUAAUGGAUAUAUACUUAGUAUCUUAUAUUUUUAUUUUUGUAACUGAAUUUUAUCAGAAUUAAUUAUAAGCCAUCUCAUAAUUAAAAAUGAUCUAUGUUAUAUUUUUUAGUUUGAUAUAUCAUUAUAUUUUUUAGAAUGAUUGUAAUGAUGCAUGUUCAAAUCACAUGGUAAAUAAUAUCUAGGAGAUUUGUGAAAUAUUCUUAUUUAUUUAUCAUAGUAGUAGUACAAUAAUAAGAUAAUGUUAUGUGGGGCCUGGGAGGGAAAGAUAUUUACUAAUCGAGUAUAAUAUCUUGCUUUAUAUCUUUCUCUUAUUGUAUAAACUAGAUCAUUUCUCCGCGCUACGCGCGAAUAAUAUAUUUAAAUCUGCUAUAUUAAUUAUUUUUAUUUAUAUGUGAAUUUUUGUAUAUUAAAUUAUAUAUAACUAGUUUUUAAAUUUGUUUUUUUAUAUAUUUUUAGUUUGAAGUAAGUAUUUCUAUUAUAUGUAACACAAUUAACUAAUAAAAUAUGAAGAAUCAAGUCCAAGAUUUUAGAGUUAUGUAAAAAAAAUAUAAUUAUGUAUAGAACAUAAAUAUCUUAGUUUAAAAGAUUGGAAUCUCAUCUUGAAUAAAUUCAC